AUGGCGGCCUGGAACACGACGCGCGGCCCCGCCCCCGCUGUUCGCCUCGGGACUCAGCGCCGGCUCGUUCCGCGCCGCGCAAACUGUGACGUCAUCAGACACCUCCGGGUCCGGCGGGCUCGCGCCGUGACGUCAUUGGAACGCGCCCGGAAGAGGCGCUUCGACGCCGGAGCCUCGCGCCGCGUCCGAGGGGAGAGGGGUGUUGACGUCAUCACCCAGGGACGGGGGCGGCUGCGCCGCCGCCAGCUGAUCUCCAACACCCUGAAGGCCAAGAAGCGGCGCCUGCAGCCGGGACCUGACCCUGGGGAUGCGGGAGAGCCGGACAGACCGGAGGGCCCCGGGGCGGUGGAGUCGGCUCUCCGGUAUCUCGCCGCCCUCUUCCCUCGCCAGCUGUUUGAGGAUGCGCUGCCCCCCCUCGUCCUGAAGCACCAGCUCUACAGCCUGGUGAGGGACCGCACAGCCGUGGACAGGCAGCUGAGCCGGCUGAAGGACGAGGGGCUGAUCCGGCUCUUCCAGCUUGGAUUCGACUCAGACGUCUUUGGGGUGGCGUUCACCCAGGACUACACAGCCAAGGUGCUGCAGGCCGUGGCGGGGAAGGAGCACGCCGGGAUGGUGCGCAGGUUCCUGGAGACGGCGUUCGCCUCCUGUCCUGAACUCAGCUACGACAACGGCCGCAUGCUGAGGGACUUCGGCUUCCGGGACCCGGACAUCACGCAGCUGGUAAGUGCCGGGGUCCUGACCGUCCGUGAUGCUGGCAGCUGGUGGCUGGCCGUGCCUGGAGCCGGGCGCUUCGUUAAAUGCUUCAUCAAAGGGCGCAAGGCCGUGCUGGGCAUGAUCCAGAAGGCCAAGUACAAGGAGAUUUUGCUGUCGGAUCUUCAGAGCCGCCGGGCUCCCAGCGCCGUGAAACUGGGGCUCCCCUACCACAUCCAUGACCUCAUCGGGGCCCAGCUGGUCGACUGCAUCCCCUGCACUUCCGGGACCCUGCUGCGAUUGGCCGACUCCUGACCCCGCGACCCGAGGAGCUACCCGGGAUCUGUGCCAAGCACUGACUGAGGCUGGGGGGCGGAGGGGGCUCGCCGUGGCUCCCUGCCGUGGGGACUGGGGUUUCCCUCAGCCCCUGCGGAGUGACGGGGGGUUAAUUUAUUUUGUGGAUCAAUGUUUGCACAUGGGAGGGUGAAGGAUCGGGGCCCGGCCCCGUGGGACCUGUGGGGGAGACGGUGAGAUUUGAGCUGCGGCUCAGCGGCAGGGCCGUGGAGGGCAAUAAAUGGGGGUUUCUCUGCUCCCCGGCCUCCUGGGGUCCCUGCUUCCCCCCGGCGCAGCCCUGCCCGUCCUGGGCUGGGGGCAGAAAUCAAUGGUUUGAGAAGGGGGGGAGCCAGGGCCAGGUGGGGGGUAUGGUGCCCCCUAGUCUUGGGGUAGAGAAUUGCAGCAGCAGAGACCCCUGAAUGGAAUCAACCCACUCCCCUCCUAGAGCCAGGGAGAGAACCCAGGAGUCCUGGCUCCCAGCCCCCCUGCUCUAACCACCAGC